GGGCGGGGGGAGGAGCUGGCGUGGGGACCGAGGCGGGUCAGGGUCCGCCGCGGCCCAGGUCACCCCCCGAUCCCCCCUGGGCGCCCGCGAUCGGGUCGCCCGCUGAGCCGGGCCGGGGGCUCCGCGUCUCCCGUGCACGGCGGGGAUGGCCGAGUCAGCGGGGCAAGACCUCCCCCCCCCCGUGUCCCCAGCUGUCCCCAGCCGUCACCCAAAAUAGCCCCAGGCGCGCGCCGGCCUGCGUCCCCGGCGGGCCAUGGCUGCUGGCCCCGGGCGCGUGGCCCCGGGCGCGCCCCCGAGCCCCGCGCGCUCGCCCGAGCCCGCGCCCACCCGCUUCCACGCGGUGCACGGCGCCAACAUCCGCGUGGACCCGUCCGGGACGCGGGCCACGCGCGUGGAGAGCUUCGCGCACGGCGUGUGCUUCAGCCGCGAGCCGCUGGCGCCCGGCCAGGUCUUCCUGGUGGAGAUCGAGGAGAAGGAGCUGGGCUGGUGCGGCCACCUGCGCCUCGGCCUGACCGCGCUGGACCCCGCCGGCCUGGCCGCCGUGCCCGAGUUCUCGCUGCCCGACCUGGUCAGCCUCGGCCACACCUGGGUCUUCGCCAUCACUCGCCAUCACAAUCGCGUGCCCCCCGCGGCGGCGGACCCCGGCCCACCCCCGCCUCUCCCGGGGGUCGCCGCCGCCGAGCCCUAUCUGUGCAUCGAGCAGUUUCGCAUCCCCCGCGACCGCCUGGUGGGCCGCAGCCGGCCCGGGCUCUACAGCCACCUCCUGGACCAGCUCUAUGAGCUCAACGUGCUGCCCCCCACGGCGCGCCGCAGCCGCCUGGGCGUUCUCUUCUGCCCGCUGCCCGACGGCACGGCCGACAUGCACAUCGUCAUCAACGGCGAGGACAUGGGCCCCAGCGCCAGGGGGCUGCCGGCCGCCCAGCCCCUCUAUGCCGUGGUGGACGUGUUCGCCUCCACCAAGAGCGUGCGCCUGGUCCAGCUGGAGUACGGCUUGCCCUCCCUGCAGACGCUGUGCCGGGUCGUGAUCCAGAAGAACGUGGUGCAUCGUCUGGCCAUUGACCGGCUUCACCUGCCCACAGGACUUAAGGAUUUCUGCAAGUACGAGUAAAGGCCUGCAUCGGCUCUGGGCCCUCUCGGAGGCUGGCCUCGCGGCUGCCAGCUCUCAUAAAAAG